GCAGAGUGGUUCCGUCUUGUAACGUCAAGUGUGCGAACUGUCGUGAAAGCGCAUUGACCCAGAAAGAAAUAAGCAGCGUCUUUAUUUGCUCUCCAGUUUGUAAAUAUUAAUGUCAUAUAAGAUACGUAUGUAAUUAUUUGUUCAAGUUUAAAAUCGUCCCAGUGCGCGAGAAGCACUUUGCUGCUUCUUGUGCUCGUUUAUUGCUAGCUAUCUUAGCUCGUUUGUUAGCUUAGCUUGUUAACUGCUAACAGAAGUUAUCAACACAUCGCUAAGUAGAGAUCAAGUGUGAGAGUAAAGUGUUGUGAUUGUGUGAAAAUGUCUACGUUACAAAUGUUGAGAGCGUUGGUGGAUCAGCGACUAACUGCUGCCGUUGAAGAAAUAUUUGUAGUGUUAGAAAGAACGAUAGCAGAAUACGAGGUGGAACUUUCUAGAACAAAGGAGGAAAACAAUCAACUCCUGGACGCUCUUUUCACGAAACAUCAAGUUGUGUUACACAAAACAGACGUCGAAGAAGAACCUCUACCUCAUGAGCAGGAAGAAGAGCCACAAUUCCCCAACAUACAUGAGGAAGAAGAGGUACCACAUUCCCAACACAUUAAAGAGGGAAUGCAGGAGCCACAGCCCCCCUACAUUAAAAAGGAAACAGCAAAACACAGCAUCAGUCAGGAGGGAGAGCAUAUUGAAGGACUGGAGGAGUUCCCAGUGACUGGUGUCCCUGUGAAGAGUGAAGAUGAUGAGGUCAAAGGUGAAAGUGAGGACAGGGGAGGGGGGGAGCCUCCAAGCGGCAGCUCAACACAACACAUGACAACAGAAGCUGAUGGAGACCACUGUGGAGGAUCACAAGCAGAAAAGCUCUUAGCUCCACUAUCAGAUAGUGAGGACACAACGUCACACUCUCCUGACACUGAUGAUGAAGACUCUAAAGAUGAUAAGACAUGUCACACUGACAACACUCGCUUCACAUGUUCUCUCUGUGACAAAACCUUUAAAGACAUUUGGCAUCUGAAAAGACACAUGAGAACACACACUGGAGAAAAACCUUAUGUCUGUCCAAUCUGUAGUAAAAGUUUUGUACAAAGAAACCAUUUGGAAGUACACUUGAGAAGACACACUGGUGAGAAACCUUACACAUGUUCAUUCUGCAACAAAAGCUUUUGUGACCAAUCAAACCUUGUAGCACACAUGAGAAGACACACAGGAGAGAAAGUGUUGAGUUGCAGUGUGUGUGGUGAAAGAUUUUCUUCUAAGUACCAGUGUAAGAAACACAAGUGUGCUGGUGAGAACAGCAGCAGCAAAUGAAACUGCAGGAUUUGAAAUAAACUGUCAAGACUUUAA